AUGGCAAUUGGGGCUGGUGGUAUUAGACCGUGUUCAAUAGCAUUUGGAGCCGAUCAAUUUUACAAACCAGAAAACCCUGGAAAUGAAGGAGUUUUACAAACUUUCUUCAAUUGGUAUUAUGCAUCAGUCGGAGUUUCCAUCAUGGUUGAUGUUAUUAUUAUCGUUUAUAUUCAAGAUCAUAAAGGAUGGAAACUUGGGUUCGGCAUUGUAGUUCUACUAAUGUUAUUAUCCACUGUCUUAUUCGUCUUGGGUAGUCAAUAUUAUGUCAAGGUGAAGCCAAAUAAGAGUUUGUUUAUAGGAUUUGUACAAGUCCUUGUGGUGGCUUGGAAGAACAAUGAACUUGUAUUUCCUCCAACGGAUGCUAUUCAUGCCUGCAGAUACAUGUAUCAUCACCAUAGCGAUUCCAAAUUGGUCGCACCAACUAACAAUCUAAGGUUUCUAGACAAAGCUUGUAUAAUCAGAAAUCCUGAUGAAGAAAACUUGAAACCAGACGGGUCAACUAGAAAACCGUGGAGCUUAUGCACAGUGGAUCAGGUUGAACAUCUCAAAGCAUUAAUGAGAGUAAUUCCUAUAUGGUCAACCGGGAUCAUGGUUAGUGUAAUAGUCGGCCAGAAUUCGUUUUUCAUACUUCAAGCAAAAACUAUGAACAAACAUAUAACCUCAAGCUUCCGAUUCCCAGCAGGCUCCUUUAUGGUUUUCACAAUCCUAACCUACACAAUAUGGUGCAAAAGAGCAAUUAAACAUGGGAUAUCAAAACUUGUUCAUGCCGUGGUUGAUACGUCAGCUUUUUGGUUAGUACCGCAACAUUGCUUGAUCGGAGUAGCUGAGGCUUUUAAUUUUAUAGCACAAAUCAAGUUUUACUAUACUCAAUUUCCUAAAAGUAUGGCUAGCAUUGCUGUGGCUCAGUUGGAACGGCUGUUGGAAACUUGGUUGGAAGUUUGA